CAAUGGGAGAUGGGUGCAUAGAUGCCAUUGAAGAUCUGGGCUAGAGCCUCAGGGACAUCAACAGGGCACCUCACAGGCACAAGGGUUUGACUGAACCUUGAGAUCAUUACUAGCUUUUCCUUAGGGUGUGUUCCCUUCUGAUUAAACUUCUGUUUGGCUCCACCCUCUGCUGAAGUGUGCUGCAACUUGUCAGAAAGCAGGAAGUCUGGCUAGAGUACUCUGCAUGGUUUUAUAAGGUAAAAAUGAUCUCUGUAAACUCCAUCAGUUAGUGGCUGCAGAUAAAGAGAUGGAGUUGCCUGGACUGACUCGCACUCUUUGGAUAUUUACCUUCCUUUCUGUUCCUGUGGCUGGUUAUCCAAAUGGAAAAGUAAAAGAAGCCUGCAGUAGUAUGAGGCCUCUCCAUGGACAUUUUCCACAACCAUCACCUGUGCACACUAUCUCAGUGAAUGUGACUGUAUUUAGACCAGGAGACCAUAUAAAAGUUAGUUUAUCUGGUCCAGUUUUUGAAGGAUUUUUCAUACAAGCCAGGAAUGCAGAAAACUUGGAUGGCCCUGCAAUUGGCUCUUUUAUACUUGCCGAUGAAAGGAUUUCUCAGCUCCUGACAUGUGGACGUGUAAAGAAUUCUGCUGUCAGUCAUACAAGUAAAUCAAAAAAGAAUCAUGUAGAGGCUUAUUGGGUUUCCCCGACAGAUGCACCAGAACAUGUACAAUUUCUAGCCACAGUUGUAGAGAAAUAUAAACUCUUUUGGGUGAAGAUUCUUGGCCCUGUUAUUUCCCAGCCUAAUGCACCACCUUUGACAAUUCCUACAAGUAUUACACCAGACACUCUGCCAACUUCCCAGCCAGUUUCUCACCUAACAAAAUCGUUUAAUGCCUCAGGCUGUGGAAAUACAAAGUUCUGCAUAAGGAAUCCUCCAAAAUGUGAUCCUGGGGCUGCCGACUGUUUCUUUCUGUCGUUCAAACAAAAUAACCACUCAAUGCUUAUUGAAAUGAGUGGUCCUAGUGAAGGCUAUAUAGCCUUUGCAUUAUCUCAUGACCAGUGGAUGGGUGAUGAUGAUGCGUAUCUGUGUAUUAAUGAAGAUCACCGUAUUAAUGUAAAUACUGCCUAUCUGAGUGGGCGAACUCCUCCUGUGUUGGAUUCAGAGAAUGGCCUUGAAGAUAUCUCCUGGAGGGUGGCUGAUGGUGUCGUUCAGUGCUCUUUCAGAAGAAACCUUCAUCUUCCUGCUUAUAAAGGGAGGUUUAAUCUGGAUGCCAAUUAUUACAUAUUUCUGGCAGACGGAGAGGCAAGUGAGGGAGGUCUAAUUUACAAACAUAAUCGUCAGCCUCUGAUCACCAAUGGAAUGUACAAUGUCACAGACUCUCCAAAGGAUGUAGGGGGAUCCCGCUCUCCCCUUCUUCUUAAAGUUCAUGCUUCACUAAUGUUUGUUGCAUGGAUGACUACAGUUAGCAUUGGUGUUAUUGUUGCCAGAUUCUUCAAACCCGUUUGGCCUUAUUCAUUGUUUGGAAAGGAGAUUUGGUUCCAGGUACAUCGCAUGCUGAUGUUGACCACAGUGCUUCUUACAAGCAUCGCGUUUGUUCUUCCGUUUAUAUAUAGAGGUGGCUGGAGUGAACGAGCAGGCUUUCAUCCAUACCUGGGCUGUACCGUGAUGGCUUUGGCAAUCUUUCAACCUCUGAUGGCAGGUUUCCGACCCCCUCCGCACGCACCAAGAAGGCAUGUAUUUAACUGGGUUCACUGGAGUACUGGCACAACAGCUAGAAUACUAGCUGUGGUGACGAUGUUUCUGGGAAUGGACCUACCAGCACUCAACCUUCCUGAUCCAUGGGACACUUACACAAUGAUUGGAUUCGUAGCUUGGCAUGUUGGUAUUGAUGUUCUCCUGGAGAUACAUAGCUACUGUCUCAUUCGCAAAGUUGAAGUGAUUGAUGAUGAUAGGAUACAAAUUCUGCAGUCACUCACAUCGGCAGAAGCAGAGGGUCAUACAUUUAAACAAAUAAUGUUAACCAUCUACAUCUGUGGAAAUGCAGCGUUCCUUAUUACCUUCCUGACAGCAAUCCACCAAGUAUGAAAACUAUGACUUUCUGGCAAGGACAUAGAUGUGGAACAUUUGCAGUGAAAUCAAAAGUGAAGCACCACUCAAGGAAUUCUUACUGAUAAAAUUGUUGCCUCAAUACCUUCCUGAAAUUAUACUUGAAUAAUUGUGUGUGUGAAGACUUAAUCCAUCUGCACUCUCAGAAUCAAGAAAAUGUAGGUUCAGAUUCUAAGGAUGGAUGCUGCAGUCCUGCCGAAACUAUCUUUAGAUUUUUUUAUGGGAGUCUUUUCCUAAGUAAAAAUUGCAAUAAUUUUUAAUACAGUAGUUUAACCUUUUGUUUCGAAGAAUGUAGGCUGAGGAGAUAUGAUUCCAACUACUGGCUGGAAGGGAUGGAAAUCACUGUUGAUCUCAUCAGAAUUGUGUUAACCUACAUGCACAGUUUUGGAAUACUGAAUAGACAAGUCCCAAAUCUGCUUGUCAUAUAGUUCAGUUUACCAUGUUGCUUAAUGAAUAAUUUACUGCCUAAUGGCUCUUACUUAAUGUAGGUGGUAUCAGUAUUGUGCACUCCAAAAAUCUAGACACAGAGACUGUCACAAACACAAGUUGAUGUAUCAAGAACUAUGUUGCCAUAUUUCUCUGCAGUUCAAUGCAUAAACAUUUUCUGCUCUAAGAGCAGGUCAUAUAACAUACAAACAGGGCUAAGCUUCAGAACUUGCAUCAACCUCAAGAUUUUUUUUUUUUUAAAAAGCCCUCAGGACAAAGAGAAAACACAGCUUUAUUGCAAACUCAUGUAAUGUGAGCCAUGCUUGUGUUACAACUAGGUGCUUCCUCUGUACGUGUGAGUAACUUUUAGAGAAACUGUGUGUAUAAAAAUAUUCAGUGUCUUCUGGCCACUUGUGGCUUGAAGGGCCAUGCUUUGUCAAAAUUCCUGCUCAUCACUUUGUGAUUAAACAUGGCACUGUUAGUGCAAGAGAAAUGAAGUGUUUCCUUGAUCUCUUAGUUAAGUUGAUAGAAGCUGCUUUCCCAGAGCUUUUUUUGAAUUAGCAUAUCCAUCCAACAGAAGCAUGAUCUUUUUUGUUUCAUCUGCAUGGGAAUAUUAGAGACCUUAUGUGUGUGUGUUUGUGGGUGCCUUCCCUCUUUGAGAAGCAAGGGAUUCCAUAAGCAAUACUGAUACAAGUACAGAAAGGUGUGGUUUUUUAAUUUUGUUUUGUGUGUUUGUCUAAGGGCAGCAGUAGCUUUGCCAACUAUAUAGUCCCAGCCUGCUAUAAGCAGUGCUUUACUAGCAUGUGUCACUACAGUAGCACCCAACUCUGAACUGACUUUCAUGCUAUAAUCUAGUUCCUGAUGUUUCAAAGCAUAAAGAUCUGGGUAUGUUAUAACAGAUUUUUUUGCCAACCAGGUGAUCACUGACUAGCUGCAAGGGAUGAGAUGGGGAUGAAGAAAGGUAUAUGAAACCAGACUUGUACCACUCCUCCAAACCUCUCUCUUCUCCCCCCCCCCACACACAUUCUCUUAGCAGUUGUGAUAAAGUGGUGGCAACCUUUUAUGUUGUGUUUUUUUCUCCUUUAUUGUGUUUGUCUCCUUUAUAGCCUAUCUGUACUCUCUCCAGCCCUUUCUGGUCCCCCUCAUGUAGUUGGUUGCAGGAGCAGCUUAGUGGAGGGCUAUGAGCUAAGGCUGUAGGGUCAAUUUUCUUUUCUUCUUGCUACCUCCAGUAGCUAUCUUAGCCACACAAGCAUGUGGUUCAGCCCCAAGCUGUUUAUUGGUAACCCCACCCCAUGCAGCCAUGGUAGUUUUCAAGUGGGUGUAGGAAUGGGAAAGAAGAACCAGCGGUAGCAGAAAGGAGGGAGGAAGUGAAGCAAAAAGAAAAGGAAUCUGAGUAAAAAGAGCAAGCACUUGCAAAAACCCUUGUGUGGAUACAGAAGGAAAGAAAUGACAGGAAUUAUACUAGGAUCUGGAUUGGUGGAGAUGUGAGUAUUAGGAAUCUGCUUCAAUAGAAUAUAGGGAUGUCUAAUCCCAGGAACCUGGCAACCACUGGUACCCUACUGUCCUCUAAAUCACUGGCCACUCUGCAUAUGCUUAUAAUCAUUUCUCUACAGAUGAAAAGCUGAUAUUUCACUGGGAUUUGCUUGUUUUAAUUAUCAUUGUCAAGGUCUCUUGCGUGGUUCUUACACUAGUAGCUCUUUGUGCUAUGUACUCUAAUACCUCAAACAUUGUCCAUUCUGUCAUGGAAAUGUGAGCACAUUCUGGGUUUUUGUGUGGUUUUUUUAAAAUGACUAAUAAAUACUUUACUUU